UUCUGUUAGAUUUGACCUUUGCAACAGCAUGCUGAUAAUGAGCCCCUCCCCCUAACUGCCCACGCAAUUCUAAAAGCCUCACACUAAAACUGUAAAACUGUAGCUGAAGGAUUAUAUAUAAAGUCAAGAGGCUGAGCUGAGGAAUGGCUACUAGAAGAGCUCUCCAUUUUGUAUUUAAAGUGGCAGACAGGACAAGGACUGCCAUGUUUUACAGAGACGUCCUGGGCAUGAAGGUAUUGCGUCAUGAAGAGUUUGAGGAAGGUUGUAAAGCUUCUUGCAAUGGGCCGUAUGAUGGCAAGUGGAGCAAGACUAUGAUGGGGUAUGGAGCAGAGGAUGACCACUUUGUUGUGGAGCUCACUUACAACUAUGGAAUCAAACACUACGAGAAAGGAAAUGAGUUUCAGGAGAUGACUAUCUGCUCGAAGGCAGCUGUGGACAGAGCUCGGAAGUCUGACUUCCCUCAGGUCCCAGUGAGCGGGACUGGUCAUGUGAUAGUCAACGCUCCGGGAGGCUACUCUUUUCAUCUUCAUGAACUAGGCGUGGCCAGAAAUGAUCCAGUAUUUUCUGUCACUUUGAGUGUCUCAAACCUCUCCAAGUCAAUAGAGUACUGGCACAAGCUGCUGGGUCUGACACUGUACUCCUUCACCAACACAAGUGCUGUACUGAGCUAUGGAGACAGUCAGGCCAGGUUGGAGCUGGUUCAGAUGACUGAGCCUAUAAACAGAGCUGAAGCUUUUGGUAGGAUUGCUUUUUCAUGCCCAAAAGCUGAGUUGCCUGCUAUAGAGCAGACUGUGGUAGCUGCUGGACACACUGUACUCACUCCACUGGUCAGUCUGGACACACCUGGCAAAGCCACUGUACAAGUUGUCAUCCUAGCUGACCCUGAUGGUCAUGAGAUUUGCUUUGUCGGUGAUGGGGCUUUUCGAGAGUUGUCUCAAUUCGAUCCAUCCGGAGAUAAGCUACUGAGUGAUGCUAUUGCUGCUGACAAGAGUGUCGAAUGGUUUGCCAAACACAAAAAGACAUGCGAUGUAUAAAACUACAGACUAUAUAAUUAUAUUAUUCGUACUGUGUACUUCAAUUUGACAUGUAUUCUUGAAAUUUCUUAUAGUUAUUCGUAUAAUUUACAAACAAACAAUUAAGUCAAUUAAGUCAA